UGCACCGGCGAAUCUGAAUGUCAAGAGCAAGGCCAGCACUAUAAGAGGCAGGGUCACUCACUCGGCCAAACUCAUCCUCGCACCGACCUUGGCCAAGGGAAUAAGUCUUGUCAGACUAGCGAGUUGGAUUCGGAUAGAAGUUUUAGAACCAUUAAAAUGCAGGCGUUUCUCCAGCCAACGCUUCUUUUCCUGACCUCCCUGGCGCACCAAUCCAUGACCGGCGACGCGCAAGCCGUCUACCCCUCAUCGCCCUCGCCCUCAUAUCAAAACUACCCUGUGUACGCGAACAACCCUUACGCUGCGGCGCUGAGCCAGCAGACGUACUACCAGCCGCAAAGAGCCUACGCGCCCGCCUACAUGUCCCGAGUGCCCCUGAGAAGACCCGCCAGAUUCAGGCAACCCGCCAUGCAGCCAUUUUACUAUGACCCCCGACCUGCCAGGCCACUGUACAGCGCACCAGUGUCCCCAUAUUCCUACUACCCUGCUGCAGGACAGCAGCCCAUCGGACAGAUGGCCCAGUUGGUUCUGAUCAACGCAGCCACGGCGCAAUCAUUGGCGCAGAAUCCUCACAGGCAGAUAUUUGUUAUGCUGCAGCCGCAGAGUUUCAUGCAGCCGCAAGCUUUCAUGCAGCCUCAGCAGCCACAGACGCAAGUAGUGUCCAGAGCUGUACCCCAGUCGCAGCUUUUGCAGGCGCACCACCAGACGCAAACAAUAGUUGGUCAUCCCCAACAAGCCGACCCGAGUGCCUUCACGGUUGGAGCUUCAUAUAGCUACCAGAAUCAAGAGAUGGGCAAAGCGGUCGGCCACGGUAAAAAAUAAAGAGAGAUCCGCCAGUAUGACAGUUAACAAAAUAUUUAUUAUUCUCAAGAUAUGAAGCAUGCAUAAUAAUGCAUAAUAUUAAAGAAAACAAGCAUCGUGAAUUGCAGAUGAUACAAGACACAAACGGUUAAAAUAAAACUUAUUCUUAAAUUGCCUUUUUUAAUUAUUAUUAUUACUAUUUUUUUACCUCAAAAUGUUAUUUUUAAUGAAGAUUAUUUUUACAGGGAGCCAAUAAAUAUAAUUCCAAUCAUGUUUGUCUAGUACGAUCUUUCAUUCACGCUACUUUUGUUCUUUUAUUUUAUAUUCAAUAUUUCAGCUUGAUAUCUAUGGAAAAAUAAACACAUUAAGUUAAUUGAAUUAUUUUCCAGUAAUUAUGCUUAAUUUUAUUAUUGUUGCGUUGUAUUUUAUUUUGUCUGUGUGCCUAUUCGUUAUAAGUUAAAAAAGCUGUGAUUACUUCAAUAAACAUGAAUGACAUUUUCUGCA